CGGCGCUCAUCUGGAAUACACCUCGACAAGCAGCGCAAAUUUCCCACUCCCCACGUGCUGUACAAUAACGACGACGCGAUGAAACUCGCCACCUCCCUUCUCAGCCUGGCGUCCCUGGCCUCUGGCCAUGCCAUCUUCCAGCGCGUCUCGAUCAACGGUGUCGACCAGGGCCAGCUCAAGGGUGUCCGGGCGACGAGCAGCAACAACCCGAUCCAGAACGUCAAUGAUGGCGGCUUCGCGUGCAACAACAACAUCGCGUACAAGGACAACAACAUACUGACGGUGCCAGCGGGCGCCAAAGUCGGCGCCUGGUACCAGCACGUCAUCGGUGGCCCUCAGGGGAGCAACGAUGCCGACAACCCGAUUGCGGCCAGCCACAAGGGCCCCAUCAUCGUGUACCUCGCCAAGGUGGACAAUGCGGCGUCGGCGAGCACCUCGGGCCAGAAGUGGUUCAAGGUCGCCGAGAGCGGGCUGUCGGGCGGCACGUGGGCCGUGGACACGCUGAUUGCCAACAACGGCUGGCACUACUUCACCAUGCCGUCGUGCGUCGCGCCGGGCGACUACCUGAUGCGGGUCGAGCUGAUUGCGCUGCACAACGCCGGGAGCGCGGGAGGCGCCCAGUUCUAUAUGGGGUGUGCCCAAAUAAAAGUGACGGGGUCUGGGACCAGCACGGGUGGUAGCACGGUCAGCUUCCCAGGAGGGUACUCGGCCUCGGACCCGGGCAUCACUGUCAACAUCUACGGCAGCGGCGGCACCCCCAACAACGGCGGCCGGGCGUACUCCAUCCCCGGCCCUGCCGUGUUGAACUGCUCUGGCGGCGGGGGCAACACCGGCGGAGGAGGCAACACUGGUGGUGGAGGCAACACUGGCGGCGGUGGCGGUUCGGGCUCUGGGGCUCCUCUCUACACCCAGUGCGGCGGCACGGGCUGGACCGGCCCGACGACCUGUGCCCAGGGCACCUGCAAGGCCACCAACGAGUGGUACAGCCAGUGCGUCCCGUAAGAAAGACGAGCCCCUGCAAUUCCAGGCCUCGUCGAAAAUCGGGCUGGACAUUAACGCCAUUCUACACCCCGCGAAGCCCAAGUAGGUUCCUUCAGCUUGUGCAAAUGUCUGCACGACAAUAGAUAGCUUGGUUAUGUAGGAAUGAAAUACAGAAGUCAUACGGCUCGUCCUGUUGCAUCAUGUGCUUACACUCUUGCUACGCGAAUAGCAGCAGCCCUAUUGCAAGUGUUGGUGUAGAGCCAACAUAGGGUCAAACGAGCCGGGGUAGAGCCAACAGAACUCUGGGGUUCGUCCAAUUCGAUUUUGUGCCUGAUUGUGCUAUCCAUGUGCAUAACCCAUGCCUCCCGCCCAUGUACGUUGUGUAAGACGAUCCGUAUUCGGAGUGCAGUCAAGUGAGUCAGAGCAGGCCGCAAUCGAGUCAGACGGCGAACUCCCCAUGCUUAUAAGGAACAAAGACCGUGUGAUGAGUUGGGUG